AUAUAUAUAUAAAUAUUUAAAUUUUCAUGUUGCAAUAUGAUGGAAUAAAGAUCUAUACUAAAAAGGAUUAAUAAAAAAAUAAGUCACGGAAGUUCAGCAUGCGAUGGUACGGUGCCUAUCCUUCUAAAGGACGAAUUGUUUUACUGCACGCGAUCCACUACCAGGCUCUCGCUGCUAAGCUUAAAUUCGAUUUUCCGAUAUUAGUAUGUUGGUCCUAGUACAGUUAGUCCCGUGUCAUUGAUCGCUAAACAUGUUCUUAAACGAAAGCUUCGUAACGAUCUAUCACGGGUGCUUUUUAGUUUUGUAAAAAUGCUCAGUUCGAGCAACAAUCGUGAUUGUUUAAUUGAUAUAUCAACAACAAUGUCAAAUUCUGCUGGAGUUUCUAACACGUAUCUCGUACGCCCACGAUUACCUUUAAGGAUUUAUUCGAAACCUAAAAUAUGUGGAAGUUAUACUCAUUAUCCAGAUUCGGCUGGUCUCUCGCGUACGAAAAGAACUAAAACUAGAAAAACAAAUGGAGUUCAAAAAAUAGAUUUAAACAAAAGGAAAAGUUCGGAUUACAUAGAAGUGAUUUAUAGAGAAGCCGUUUCCAAAUUAAAAUAUUUGUUAGCUGAAACUUAUUUACCAGUGGAUUCUUCUGGAAAACAACAAUGUGUUAAAAAUAAUUAUCAAUCCGGUAGAAUAACUAAAUCUGGGAACGAUAUAGACGAACAAAGUUUUAUAAGUGAAGGUUCAAGAAUGAAAGAUUUAAAUAACGAUAAUGUCUGCUUAUUACCAACACCACGUCCACUUUCCUCUAAAAGUAUUCAUCCAUCGAAAGCUUAUAGUAAUUUGGCACUUUCUAUUGCUGAAUUACAAUCUGUUCCACCAGAAAUUACUUCGUAUAUCGAACAGCAAGAAGAAUAUAUCGAACAAAUGGAACAGGAGUCUCAAUAUUGUAGAAGCGAAUUAACUAACUUACUUAGCAAAGUUAGAGAGGUCAUAGCUGAAAAUGAAGAAUUGCAUAAUAAAACUAAAACUGGAUUUUUAAAGUAUGCUCUAGACGAGCACGAGAAUCGUCCUGAAAAUGAUUGCACUUCUAACGAGCAUAGUCUUGCAUGUACAAGUAGCAUAGAUUCCAAGAUGAAUAAAUCAUUAAAAAUAUUAGAAGGACCCAAUAUAAUAUUUGAGUCAAGAAUUAGUGAACUGGAAGCACAAUUGACUCAAGCUAAACUCGAGUUAAGAAAAGUUCAAGAAGAAAAUCAACUCAAUGUAAAGAAAUUAGAAAGUUCUUUAAAUAAUGGUAACGUUGAAAUAUCAGCACAAUUGAAUCAAACUUUAAGAGCUAAAUACGAUACAGAAAUCAAAGUGGAAGAAUUACAAAAAGCAUUAUCUGCUAUGAGGGAUAGAGAAAUAGAAUCUAGUCAAAAAGCUAAACGUUCUAUGGAAAUGGCACAACAAAUGGAAUUUGAAAAAAAUCAAGCAGAAACUGAAGUGAAAAGAUUGAAGGAUGAGUUGGAUAGACAACAUGAAAAACUACGAGAAGCUGCUCAUGAAGCUAGCAGACGUAUUACCGAAGAAAGGCAACAAGUGGAACGUAGAUACAGUCAACAAGUUGAACAACUUUCUGCUGACAUAACUUCUCAAUGGAAUGCCGCUAACAAAUCACAAUUAGAAUCUGAGAAACAGCAAAGGGAAUUGUUGGAUUUGAAGAGAGAUUUGUCUCAAAAACAAAUGAUCAUAGAUAAUUUAAAAAAAGAUUUGCAGAAUAGAAUAUCGAGUUUACAAAGUGAUCUUAAUCAAGCUUUGACUGAAAAAGAUAUGGCUGAACAAGAAGUAAUAACUGCUAAAUUGGCAGCAGAAAGAAAUGAUAGACAGACUAAACAAGAACAAAUUAGAUUGCAAACGGAAAUAAAUGCUUACAAACAACGCAUGGAAAGAGCAGAUGCAGAUUUAGUUCAUUGUAGGCGUGAAAAUUUGAGACUUUUAGAACAAAUAGCUUUGUUGGAGAAAGAGAUCAAUUUAAAUAGAAUGAUGUAUUCUGAAGAUUCUCAAAGAAAAGAUGUAAUCGGUCAAGAGAAUAAAAAGGAGACGCCUACGAUGAAACUGGACACGGAAACUAAACAUGUUGCAACGGUUGGUGAUCUAGAGGAUGCCUUGAAUAAACAAGCUAAACUAGUCUCUCAAUUGACUACCGAAUGCCAAUCUCUCACACAACGUUUGGAAGCUAACAACAUUAAGCACAAGGAAGAAAUGGCUGCCCUACAAAGUAACGUAGAAUACUUAUCGAAUAAGAUAAAGGAUUCAUUUCAUAAUCAAAAAGCACAAUAUAAUAUUAAUGCAUCUUAUAACUCACCGGAUCAAUUAAAUCAAACGAAUGUAAUGAAUCAAAAUGGUAAUACAAAUUCUCAUAAUUUACAAAACACAGAUUACGAAAUAAAUCAAAUGCAAAAUGAAAAUGACAAUGACAACAGAGAAAUUUAUUCUAAAAAAUUGCAAAAGAAAGAUGAUUUAGAUGAAAGAUAUGAUCACUCGAAUCAACAUGAAUAUAAUUUAGGAGGCUACAUCAAUAAUAAUAAUAGUAGUAAUAAUAGUAAUAUAUAUAAUGUCGAAGAUCAGUCAAUGGAAGAUAAAAAUGAAGAGCAAGAAAAACAUUUGACUGACGAUCAAAAUGUAAUAGAUAAUACUAACCUAAUAGAAUCUUCUUAUGAUCAGUAUGGAGAAUAUGAUGAGUCACAAUAUCAAGAACAAGAAUUUAAGGAUAAUGAUCAAUAUAAAGAACAGGAUAAUACACAUGAUAUGGCACAAUAUUCUGAACAAGAAUAUCAGGAAAAUCAUACUACAAUUAGUCCUAGCAACGAAUAUACACAAUAAUUUGUAUUUCUUUUUUCUAUAGCAUUUAAACACAUUUAUUGUAUUAUUAGAACGUGCAAAAAUAUUAC